UCAACAUUUACAAACUGAUAUUUUUUUUGGUGAAAAAUACGUGGGGCUCUAACAGACCUAUUUGAAGUGACAUUAAUCAUUGGAAUAAAGAGCCAGUAUUUAAACAAAUUCUAAACGUUUAAUUGACAUGUCACUUUCACUUUCCCUGUAAAUAAAAGGAAAAAGCCAUCAUUUACAGCGGGCAAUUUAGCGAAAUGAGGAAUGACGAAUGGUGGAAUGAGGAAGAGAGACAGGAGUUAACGAUUCUGCCUGUACCAUUUGCGUGGACCAUUCUGUUUCCCAGGACUCGAGUAGACAGAUGAUGAUAUCGAAGAAGUCAGACAAGUCUCCCGCUGAAACAUUAUUUUCCUGCUGUAGCAAACUGGCUCAAAUUAAGAUCCUACAUCUGUAUGAGUGCCCGGCAGCUGGUCCUGAGGCAGAGAGCAGAGCUGCUGCGUGCCCUGUGCUGUGGUGGCUCUGCUGAGGGUCUGGAGAGUGUAUUGGACCUACUCCUGUCCUGGGGCAUGCUGUUCUGGGAGGAAUACCAGAAUGUACUGGUACCAUGCCGUGGUCUGUGUGCCAACACAAGGGUGCUACUAGAUCUGGUGUACACCAAGGGAGAUGAGACCUGUCGACUGCUUCUGGCUGCUUUCAAACAGGUCCUCCCUGAGGCCCAAAGAGCUGGCCUCUCUUUUGGAAACUGUUGUACUGCCAAUCUAGAAAAUACAAGAGAUGAUACAAAAGAACUACAUGGUACAGCUAUCCAGACCCUCCAGACAGACAGGCCUGAUCUGGUGAGGAGGCUAAGGGACCAUAUUGAAGGAGCUCUGGAGGUCCUGCUGCAUACGGGCAGCUUUACACCAUCUGAUUGCGAUGAAGUGCAGCUACCUGUGUACACCCCCUCACAACAGGCAAGGCGUCUACUGGACCAAGUCAGAUCAAAGGGGGAGCCUGCAGCAAAGGUCCUACUGCAAUACUUUCAGCAAACAGAGGACCAUCCCCCACCAUCUAACCAAGAGGCUCCUCCCAAAGAGUGCUUGUCCUAUCAGAAGAAGCUGCGCAGCACUGUGUCGGCCCAGUCACAUUUCCUCAGAACGUAUGGAGGAACCAGCAGUCUGUCUCUAGAAGACAUCUACACAGAGGGUCAGCUGGAGCUUGCCCAGGGUGGCAGUGAGGCCCAGCCCCAGACUGGUACUCUGGGGCUGGAGGACGUGGUGGGCCUGGUGGGCACCCUGAACCAGGAGGCUGACACUGUGCUAGUCUCUGGGGAGGCAGGCAGUGGGAAGAGCACCCUUCUCCAGAGGCUGCACCUCCUUUGGGCCAGGGGGGCGGCUCUGCAUGAUUUCAUCCUCCUCUUUUCCUUCAGCUGCCGCAGGCUGAGCUCGGAACAGAGGGAGCUGUCGCUCAGAGAGCUGCUGUUCCUGCACUGCUGCUGGCCGGACGGGGACCAGGACCAAAUCUUUCAGUUCAUCCUGGACCAUCCGCACCUCAUCCUCUUCACCUUCGACGGCCUGGACGAGUUCAUGCAGAGCUUCUCGGACUCAGAGCAGAGGCACUGCUGCCCCACCCAGCGUGCCUCCGUCCCCACCCUGCUCUUCAACUUGCUGCAGGGAUCCCUCAUGAAGGGGGUGAGGAAGGUGGUGACCAGCCGGCCAGAGGCAGUGGGUCCCACCCUGAAGCGGUACCUUCGCAAGGAAGUCUUCUUGAAAGGCUUCUCGCCUGGCGGGAUCGACUGCUUUGUGAGGAAGUACCAUCGCGACCCGACUGUGGCCACCAGGGUCCUGGAGUGUCUACGAAGCAACACAGCUCUACUGGGCCUGUGUCACAUCCCGGUUUUCUGCUGGAUUGUGUCCAAGUGUUAUAAGGAGCUGCUGGGCUGUGGAGAGGGAGAGGGCAGUCCCCAGACCAUCACAGAUGUUUACCUCAUGAUCCUGCAGCACUUCUUCCAGCGCCGGGCCUCUCAGAGGAACACGAUGGGGAUAGGAUGGGUGCAGGAGCACCAGGAUACUGCCCUGCAUCUGGGGCAGCUAGCCAUGGAGGGCCUGGGGGCCUCUUGUUACAUCUUCACAGGCACAGAGCUACAGAAGUGUGGGGUGACCGAGGAAGAUAUCUGCAUGGGGUUCCUCAUCCGUAGUAAAGACCUCUCCUCCUCCACUAACUGCAAACACUACGAGUUCCUGCACAUUACCAUGCAGUGCUUCUUUGCUGCUCUCUACAUUGUACUGAACAAUAACUCGGACCGCUCCACCAUCCCUAAGCUCUUUCAGCCGCAGGACAGGCAGCAACAGCCUGGCUUUCACAGGGCGUGUCUGGGGCACUGCUUGACCCAACAAGAAGGGGCCUUGAAGGAGGCCAAUAAGGCAGCAGAGACCCCCAACCUCCAGAUAACAGCCACUUUUGUGUCUGGGCUCUUGGCUCAGCGCCACCGUAGCCUGCUGCUCCUCUCCUGCCCUGGGCCUACUCUGGACAGGAAGUCCAAGCAGGUGGUGACGUGCCUGUCCAAAGGCAUGCAGAAGCACUUUAAAUCCAUCCCUCGGCCCGUGGAGGGGGAGAAGAAGAGCAUGCACGCCAUGCCGGGCUUCGUGUGGCUCAUCAAGUGCAUCCAUGAGAUGCAGGACAGCAGGAUCGCCAGAGACACUAUGGCUAAGCUAGAGGUGGAACACCUGAAGCUGACCUAUUGUAACAUAGGCCCUGUGGAGUGUACUGCACUGGCCUAUGUGCUCCAGCACCUUAGGAACCCUGUGGGGCUUCAGCUAGACUACAACUAUGUAGGAGACGUUGGCGUGGAGCAGCUGCUGCCUUGCCUGCAUGUCUGCCACUCUGUAUACCUGAGACACAACAACAUAUCAGAUGAGGGAAUUCGUAAAUUGAUUGAAAAAGGCAUCCAGUGUGAGCGCUUUCAGAAGAUUGCGCUCUUCAACAACAAGCUAACUGAUGCCUGCACAGAGUGCAUUGCUCACCUCCUGAAGAUGAAACAGAAUUUUCUCUCUCUAAGGCUGGGAAACAAUAACAUCACAGCAGCAGGGGCAGGGCAACUGGCGGAGGGACUGAGGUUCAAUCGGUCACUACAGUUCUUGGGGCUUUGGGGAAAUAAAAUAGGUGAUCAAGGUGCAGAGGCCAUUGCCAAUGCUCUCAAAGACAGCCAAACCUUGGUGUGGCUCAGCCUGGUAGACAAUGGUGUUGGCAAUGCAGGAGCAUGUGCUCUUGGCCCACUCAUCAAGAACAGUACGCUAGAGGAGCUGUGGUUAACAAAAAACUGCAUCACAAGAACAGGUGUGGAGUGUCUAAUACUGGCUCUUGAAAGCAACACUAGUGUGAAGGCAGUGUGGUUGAGAGGUAAUGAGCUCAGCCCAGAAGAGGUGGAGGAGAUGACACAGCGGGAACCCAGGCUUACAUUCUGAUGAUUCCAAGUGCUGGUCAACUAUACUGGAGUAUUAUUGUUUACAGCCAUGUGUAUGUCUGUUUGUAAUUUAUGUAACUUCUUCAGUAGCAUUUCCCUUAAAAUGGUAGUUGUGUUAUUUAUAGGUUAUUAUAUGUUUUUACGUACAUUAUGGAUCAUGUUGGAUGUGAUGUUCUCUAUGAUGUAAACAGUGUGGGCAAGCUUGUUUUCUCCAUUCACAAUAAGUAGCAGCUUCUGACCUGCUCUGCUACUACAGGCAGCUUGUGUUUGGUAGCAUUCUUUUCAUAUUAGUCAUAUUAGUCAUUGUGAUAAGGAACUGGUCUGACACUUGUUUUAUGUAAGCACCGUUGGGUAUGAGCCUAUUUUUUUCUGUCUAAUUAUCAAAUAACAGUCAGGUAUUUGAACUGGUACAUCAGUAUUCUUAUGUACCCUACCCUAUUGUACACUGACUGGCAGUGCUAGUAUGUUUGAUAACAUGGGUUGAUUCAGUGGUAACAUGACUCUUAUUUUAUCAGUGAAUCACUAACAGUGAUUACAUUAGUCCUAUUGUGUCAGUGCUCUAUGGUGGAGAUAGAACGGCUUGUUACAUUAUGUCACCUUGCCUACUGAGAAAUGUUAAUGUAGGUUAUAACAUUUUUUAAAUACACUAUGCAGAAAUCUCUCCGCCGUUUUCUGGUUCGGAAAAAUCGAAUAGUUUCAGUAUAUGUGACAACAAGCAAGUAUAGUGUAGAGAAUACCAAAAAGUUACAAAUUGCAGCUUUAAUUUGAAGUAAAACAGCAAUUCAGUGUACUAUUAAUGAAAUAUAAUUUCUCCAAAAUAUAAUAUGAAGAAUUCACAUGCUACUUUUAUCAAUAUUUGCACAUUAUUCUGCACUCAUAACAAGUCAUUUGCAUGUCAACACACACACAUGCCUGGUUUGAAUUACAUGAAUCUGUGUACACUGUACAAAUCACAGUAUAGAAGAUCCCAGACCUAUCAACAGCACUGUUCAUGUGGGAGACAAUUCAUUAUGUAUAUAAACCCUGCACUGCUGAUGGAUUGUAUUGGCCAUUGAGAGGCUUUGAAGUAGACGUUGACCAAUUAUGAUUUUUCAACGCCAAUAACGAUUGUUGGAGGACCAAAAA